CCGUCCUUUUGCUGAGUCUAGGAAGACUAUUGUCGACGUUUUAUCAAAUGACCCACGAUUCUCUAAUCUUAUCGAGUCUUUACAACGUACUAGACUUAUACCACUUCUUAAUCAUUUAGAAACUGCUACUUUUUUCGCCCCUAUAAACGAAGCAUUCGAUGGCUCUUUUGUCACCAAAGAUCGUAUACUUUACCAUAUAUUGUGGGAAGAGGUUAAGGGUGAAGAGUUAAAAGACGGGCAACUCUUGUCAACACGCUAUGAAAUACCUGAAAAGCUCGGCGAGGGCAGGAUUGGCCAGAAAGUUAAAAUUGAGAAAGUUACCGAAAAGUUGGGAAAGGAAGUAAAAUACAUUGGGAAUGGGAAAAUUAUCGAGACUGAUCUUCAAGCCGACAACGGUAUAAUUCACGUCAUUGACGACGUUUUGGUAACUCCUAUGGAUGCGUUAACGACAUUAGAUUCAAUUGACCAACUAGAGAUAUUUACUUCCUAUCUUCGUCUUAUGGAUCUUGAUAAACAUGUCAAAAUUGGAAAUCAUAUUACUGUAUUCGCUCCAACUGAUGAUUCCAUUACUAAACGGCUUAAGCAUUAUGAGAGAGAAUAUCUUACUGGUAAUUGUGGUGGCGGCUUUCGAGAUCUGGAUCUUUUUGUUAAACAUCAUUUACAUUUUGAAAAUGUCUUAUAUACGACAAAUUUUAGUCAUGAAUUACUUCCAGUUGAGACCGUUCAAGGUGAACCUCUUGAGAUUGUACGUGAUGAUAAUGAUGCUAUUCAUGUUGCAGAUGGCUUGGUUACCUAUAAAGAUUUGUUGGCAUAUAAUGGUGUCAUUCAUAUAAUUGAUAACAUCGCGAUUCCUAAAGCACUCUUUUUCAAUGCGCACAAAUACCUUUGUGGGUUGAGAGCCACCAAGUUUGUUUCUGCGCUUAUUAAAUAUCGUUUAAAUCAUUAUAUCGAAGAUUUAAAAACUCCCUAUACAAUUCUUGCCCCACAUGAUGAUUACUAUGAUAACCAUAUUUUUGCAAGUUUGGGAACUGACGCUUUGAAAUAUCAUAUUCUGAAUGGCACGUAUAAAAUUCAUGACUUUUAUGAUAAAAUGCUUGUCCCAACCGAAUUAAUAACUGAAGAGCUGAGGAAUAAAAGUCAAAGAAUCACUGUCACUGUUAAAUCAACCUGGGCUAAAAAUGAAACCGAGAAAAGCGAUACUUCUAUUAUAUUCAAUGAUGCAUAUAUUAUCGGGGAUCCAGGUAUGCGUUUAUAUGAUCAAGAUACUUCACCUCCUACUGAUAUUAUAAGCUGUGCUAUGCAUAAUAAGCAGCUUAGUAACUUUGUUUCAGCUAUUGAAGCAAGUGGAAUGACAUCAACCGUUCAAUUAAGCAAAGGUGUUACAGUGUUUGCACCAACUAAUCUCGCUUUUAACAAUCUUGACCUUCUCAUCCCCUAUUUUUUGAGCCCUUAUGGCAAAGAUGAUUUGCGUGAAGUUGUCGGAUAUCAUAUGCUAAAUGAUACUGUGUAUACCGAAGAUAUUCCUCAAGGAGAAUCGCAGUAUACUGCCAUUGAUGGUUCUUCGCUGAGCAUUACGCGUGAUGAAAAAGAUCAUAUUAAAGUUAAGAUCGAAAAUGGUACUGCAGAAAUUAUUCAGAGAGAUAUUCUUACUUCAACAGGUGUUAUGCAUGUAGUUGAUGCCGUACAAUUACCACCAACAUUACAUGUCACAGUGGGCAAGAUUCUUAACGGGAUUGGUGCUACUAGCAUGUUGGAAAUUUUCAAGAUUUCAAAUCUAUCAGAAAUUCUUAAUGAUCCAAUCGAACCAUUCACGAUUUUUUCACCAACUAAUGAUGCGUUUAGGAAAAUUAAUAUUACGAAAUUAAUGAAUGAUCCAGAUAGAGUGUCUCGUUUAAUCAGAUUACAUGUUAUACCGAACAGCGUUGACAAUCUGAGGGAAGGUAAAGAACUUAAUACUAUGUUAUCCGAUGAUGCGAAAUUAGUUGUAAGAAAAGAUAUCAUAUACGGUGGCUACAGAAUAGAAGUCAAAGGUGGCUUCUUUGAAGAUAAGGCCAAAAUACUUGGCAUGGGUAGAGCUUGGAAUGGCGGUGCGGUAUACGAAGUUGAUAAAGUAUUAAUGCCAGAACGUACUUUUCCACAUAUUGGACGAGUGUUCUUUGGUGUUGUUCUAGGAAUAUUAGCAUCUUUAAUUAUAAUCACGUUAAUUAGUUAUGCCUGGCAUCACUGGAUUAUUUACCGAAGACGUGCUGGAUAUAACAGACUUGAUUAA